CUAUCAUCACCUUUCUUCGACCUACACCUCCCUACAGCCAAACACAUAGGGCUGAAAUCCCGAACACCUCUCAUUGUCGUUUGUUCUUGUCCUAUUACUCAAUCGAAAUCCACAAAUCAUUGCAGGAUUGCCCAAAAUGGUGCUCCACGGCCUCCUCCCAAAACCGCUCCCCGCAGACGAAGUCACAGUGGGCCAGCUACUUGUACACCCCCUGCACCCCGAGAAAGACGGCUUCUAUUCCGAGCAAGCACAUGCCGAGAUCGACGACCUCAAUGACUACCAUAUUCAGCUCCGGUACAAAGACCUUUUUUCCGUUGACGCGGAGGGUCGCUUCAUGACCAACUACGGCGCGAAAUUCGACCUGGGGAGGAUAUACAGACAGCCGAAUUUGUUGAGGGUCAGCGCUGAGCAGAUGAUUCAGCGUACUAGCAUGCAGCCGGCACGGGCUUUCGAGGCGGUUUGCGAGGACCCAGAGGCCAGGGCAUGGAUACUGAAUCUGCCAGGAGACAACAAGGAGUUCUACAUCGUCGUGGGCGUGACGGAGCUCAAGAACGCCGUGUUUAGACGAGCAAAGUUGCAAGAUGCCGGGGCCUCAAACCGGUUGAAUGAGUUGCCCAUCGAGAAGGGCGCCAAGGUCCCCCGAGCUGUCCGUCGUGACUCGACGCUGGGACUGGGGACUGAAGCUCAUGUCUCAGCUGUAUUCGGAAUGGACGUUCGACGAGUCUCGGCACGUAUCACCCGCCCGGAGGAGCCCCAUACUCUUUCUGACCUAGGAUUUCGGUGGUAUUAUCAUGAUAUUCCCGGAAGUGAGCACAAGGAGCAACUGAUGAUUGGAUUGGGCGGGGCGCUAAAGGCUAAUGAGCUUCGUCUGAUGCUCGACCUGAGCGAGGAAGAUGUCCAGGCCAAUCUAGAUACCAUCAGCCAGCUCAGCCUGGACGCUCUCAGCGCCGCUGCGAGUCCGAUGCUGAGGCCAAGCUCUCCGGCUCUGAGAGGACGAUCACCGUCUCCACACCCGACCCUACGAGUUUGAGUCCAUUCAGUGGCUGGGCUUUUUCACCAUUGGUGUUGUUCGUGGGAGAUUGACAUGGGAAAUCUUGGAGGACUGUGUGCAUCAUUGGCAUCAAUAGACCCUUGGAGCUUUUCUAUCUGCUACGACUCUUUCACGGCCUGCUUUUUAUCUUAUUCAGAUUACAAAACCAUUCUAUACCCCUCUCUCCCCUCUUGAUUUAUUCAGGUAUCAUUGCUAUAAUUCAUGUGGAGAAUGGAAUCUGUUAUCAUUGUCAAUAUCA